AGAACAAAUCACAGGCAGAAUGAUUUCAAUGCCAAAAGGGCCAUCUUGCCCUGGCAAUGCACGGUUUGAGUGUGGUUCCUGGGUGCUGCGUGCUAAAUCACUCGCGAGACAGCUGGAAGCGAUUGGCUGGCACAGAGCAGCUCCAGCAGCCACGCUGUAAACAGAGCAGCGCUGCGAAGCUCCGAGCCGCCUCAGAGGAAGACACUGCUCGCAUCUGAGCGCCUGUGACAACGGGUAGCUGAGAGCACUGAAACAACACGCUGCUCCAUCUUUGCUUCCAGCUCCACACACUGGGCGAGGACUCCAGCGAGGCGGCGGGGAGAACGGCUCCUGCUCGUUACCGUCCCCGGUCGCUUCAUUUGGAUGAGAGUUUUACAGGAAUAUUUGAGUGGGUACGGGGUGAGGAGCAUGGGAAGGUGAUUUGAAGUCAAGGACCUGCCUGAAGGUGCCGAAGCCUGAUAUUCCUCGCAAACAACCGUGCUCGAAGUUGGAGGAGGAAGCUGAAGGUAGGUGCUUUCUGGGACUGAGCAGCCUAUCGAAGCUGAGAGCAACUGCUGGGGACCUCUUGGGAUCGCACUCCCAGGAAGAACACCAGAAAAACAGGAGUGCUGUGGAUUCAAAGCCUCAGCUGCUGCCAAACUUCCAGCAGACGCAUCUUUGAAACAGAAGUCAGGACUGGCAAACAACCCGAAAGGAAAAACUUGCAUUGGCCAGGUCCUGGGAGAGCAGGUGGCCAAAAAGCCAUCCCUUCCUUGCUCUGUUAUGUUCUCUGGCUAAGUGUUCUUCUCCAUGUGUGGGAGAGGUAGGAAAAGCCUCAGCAAAUUACUUCCCAAGUCUGUGGCCAAAAGCAAAUAAACCAUUUUGGAAAAGUGUGUGGAUUGAUCAGCAACCUUCCUGGAGAAUGUCUGACCAGGAGACCGAGGACUUUGGAGCAGAAAGCCUCUUAGACAAGUCUAAGAUGAUUCCCAGCCUCCCACCGUAUGACAUGGAUGACCAGCUCCUCCCCAGGGAGCCACGGAGCACCUGGUGCUGCUGGGCAUGGGCCCUGGCGAUAGUCACCAUGAACUUCCUAGUCUUCUUCAUCAAUCUUCUCCUGCUGCUUGUCAUCUUCACAGUUGUCUUGCUCCCCACCAUUGUGGUGGUUUACUUUGGCUUCCAAUGCCACUCUCGGGUGCUGCACUCCACGGCCCGCUACUGCAAAACCGUCCUGGACGACAACAGCUCUUCUGCCCUCAUCAUCCUGGGCUUCGUCAUCAUGUCGCCUCUCAUCGUGGUGGCCAUGGCCACCUACUGCAGCCUGGCGAGGCGCCUCCGCCUCUUCAUGUGCUUCCAGCCCUGGAGCAGGGCUGUGUACAAGGGGGUGAAAUGGCGCUGGUACGAGGAGGGAGGCCUGUGUGGCUGUGCCAGGGGCUGGAACACCCAAGUCAAGGCCUGGGUAUGAGUCUGCAGCACCUGAGUCCCACCCAGCUCGCCCUUCUCCCUUCCCCGUCCCUCCCCACCACCUCCCACAUCACCCCCAGGCCUCUGCAGAGCGGUGCCCAGCUGUGAGAGGAAGGGAGAGGCGGUCACAAGCUGGCUCCUAUGGCUUCGUCUGUAACCAGGUGUAGGAUGCUGUGAGGGAGAGACAGGCAAUGCAAGCCCUUGAUGUUAAAGCUGAUAUUCAGAAGAAUGGGGACUCUGGCCAGCGCCUGUUGUGCUCAGAGCAGCUCAGUGUCCAGCCUUGGCAGCACACUGUGCCUCACACAGGUCCCAGUAUCCGUGUAUACGCUUAGUGACAGCAGCUGUGGACUCUGUUCCAUGCCUCAGAGGUUUCCUUGGGUCCAGCAGCACUGGGGGAAGCAUCCAGCCAUGUGGAAGUAGCUGUGGUUUCCCCCAGUGCUGGGCUGCCUGUGUUUCAAACCUCUUGUAAGGGGUCUGCAGGUCGCUGCCUCUGUGGUGGCUGGGAUCCACAGCUUUCUGACACACCAUGAGUUCUUCCCCCGCUUACCUGACCCUCCUUCCCACAAUCUGUAGCAGUGCUGUGCUCGUUUUGCUGUGCCUGAGCCAGCUCGCUGGGGUGGCUGCAGAUGUUUGUGCUGAUCUUUGGGUCUUUCCCCUUUUCCAGCUGCUGACCUGAAGUAUGCUUGUCUGGUGGUGGGUACUAACCUGCAAACAGCUCCUUGCCCUUUGUCGUGGUCAGGUUGUUUUGUUCAGGUCAGUGUUAGGGCUCCUGGCAGGAUGAGCUGGAGACCCCCAGUGACUACAGGGGGUCUUCCACCCCCAGGUGUGCUGUGAUGCUCUCCUCAAACCGUGGUGGGUCUCCGGUUCAGUCAGCGGGGCCGCGUGCUGCUGACCACUGCAAGCUGUCCCCUCUCCCCGCUGCUGUUCCUCUGCCUGCCAGCUCUUGCCAGCGCUAUGUGUGAAUAAAGAUCAUGCCAAAUCUCCA